CGGUAAAGUUAUAUUUCAUUUGGAUGCCUUUUUAAACACAACAGAGAAAGAGAUGGACGUCACACUUCGGGUUAUCUUUCUACUGUGUUUAUGUCAACUUAUUUCACCUACAGCUGCGACUCCGUCGGACAGCAAAUUAGAAAAAUGUUCCUGGUGUCCAAGUUGUUAUUGCAAGGACGAAUCUGUGUAUACUAAUGGUUCAUAUUUGUUGCUUGUGAAUUGCACUGAUGCUGGCCUUACGUCCGUUCCAACAAAUAUUCCGUCGAAUACCACAGUUCUCACCCUAAACGGUAACAAUAUCACGAAAAUUGGUCCGAGAUCAUUCGAACACUUAUCGAAAUUGCUGUAUCUGGAUUUAUCUAAAACUGGCUUAACUUCUUUACAUAGUGAAACAUUUGCAGGACUUGGCAACCUUAGAACCCUUGAACUAAAUGGAAAUAAGAUACGCUACAAAAUCAAGUGUAUUCCUGACGGAGUUUUUGCAGAACUCAAAUCUCUAACACGCCUGAACUUACAGCAAAACUUUUCCGCUGAUGAUGUUGAACCAAAAGAGCAAUACCCCACUAAGGCUCUUUCAAAUCUAAAUUUUCUAGAAGAACUGCUUAUUGACGGCUUGCAAAACCGGACAUUUGCUAACCACAUGGAGAAAAUGAAACGUUUAACGUCACUAACACUUAAUGGUUUUAAUGGACGCUGUUCUGUAAAGAGUAUAGACCCAAAAAUGUUUAAGUUCUGUAAGCGGAUAAAUGUUUUUCAUAUAUUACCAAAUCUUUUGUCUGUGAAUUUAUCGGGAAACUUUCUUGAAAAUGCUUUUAGAAAUGACUUACAGGGCGAAAUAUUUAAGAAUCAGGCAAAGUUAGAAUUUUUAGACAUAUCAGACAAUAAGAUAAGGACCUUACCUCAAAAAUUCUUUACAGGUCUUAAAAGAUUGAUGAAAUUGUGCAUAUCGAACAAUUUUCUUCUGACUUUUGAUGUUAAAAUUAACCACAUGAAUUGGUUAACUUGGUUAGAUAUCAGUAAUAACCUCCUGGUAACAAUUGCCACAAGCACCAGGGAAACUCUUCUGACAUUAUCCCAUGACACAGAGCAUGACUUGUCUGUUAAUUUACAGAAUAACAAACUAGUUUGUUCGUGUUCUUAUAUUAGAUUUGUCAAGCAAUUCUCAGAGAUGACACAACAUUUUCGACGGCUAAAGUCGUACACUUGCAAAUACGAAUCGGGUGUUACAAAGGAUUUAGCGUACGCGAAAACAAUUUAUGAAACUCUUCAGAAAGAUUGUGCCGAUUAUAAAGUAACUAUAAUAACUAUAACCUCACUUUCCUUUCUACUUGUUCUAGUAGUCGUUGGAUCUUGCAUUAUCUAUAGAUAUAGGUGGAAACUUCGCUAUUUAUACUACUCUGCAAAGAUGAGGCAUCGGGGAUACACACCUGUGGACAGUAGCAAUGAUGAUACAACUGAGUUUGCCUACGAUGUUUUCAUAUCAUACAGUGACUCCAACAGGAGAUUUGUGAAAAAUGUUCUUGUACCUGAAUUAGAGGCAAAAAGGCACCACGUAAGAGUUAUGGAUCAUAUGCGUGAUUUCAUUCCUGGAAAUUUCGUUGUCGACAAUUUUUAUUUAAUUUUCAAAAACGAAAAAUUUAAGAAAGACCAUGAUUUUUCAUGA